UCGAGUUGCAAGGAGUCCAACAAGUAAGAAACCUAUAAUACCCGUGGGCCGCCUCGGAGUUGCAAGUAUUGUACCUAACGAUAACGCCCGCUUUGUAGUACUUCGGCCCACCUGGCUUUGACGACAACGAAGCGAAAAGCACUCCGAAGACCUUUAGCAGUGGGGUUGGCGCAGGCCCCAAUACCUCGACAGCCAUCAGCCGUGCCAAUAUAGACGCCCUCCUGACCCGCAGUCGCUCGAAAAUUUAGGGCGCACAUCGACAAAAUGUCUGACCUCAAGGACUCGUGGGAAGAUGACCCGGCUGCCCAGGACGAGAACCUGGCGCGCCAAACGCAACAGCAGUUGAACGUUGGCAAUCAGCAAGCCCCCCAGGGCACCUUCCGACCUGCUGUGGCCUCUUUCCACCCUUCAGCGCAGAACUUCCAGCCCGGCCAGGCAUUUGCCGGCGGUGGCUUCGUGCCCCAAUACCAGCAGCAGCCAUACUACGGGGGCGGCGCCGGACGGGGCUACUAUCCCCAGUACUCGGGUGCCCAGCAGACGUACGGCGGAUAUGGGCAGCCUUAUGCUGCCGGCUACGGACAACAGCAAGGUGGCUACAACCAAACAUACGGUCAAUACCAAGGCUACCAGCAACCACAACAAGGGUUUCAGCAGCCCUCGCAAGCGCAGCAGCAGGCUCCCAAGCCCGUCCCAACGAUAGUAAAGCGGCCGGUUGACGCUUCUCCCUCUAUGACCUCGCCAAAACCCGCUGCCUCAAGUGAUGGUAGCCCAAAGGUUUUGAGCAUUGGGGGUGACACCGCCAAGCCGAAGGCUAAGAUCCUGUCGAUUGGUGCGACAGCACCCCCCAAGGAGGAGCCAAAGACGGAGGAGGACAAGAAAGAUGACGCCAUCAAAGAGGGCACUGCGGAAUCGGCUGCAAAGGUCACUGCGACCAAGGCGAUUGAGAAGACAGACGCCAAGGCCAGCGCGAGUGGAGCCUCCUCGCCGACGCCAUCGUCUGGCAGGUCUAGCCCUACUCGUGCGGCGGCACCCAAAGGAGUGGUCCGCGAAGUCGACGCUGUUGAAAAGGAGCAGACCGCCGACGUUGAUCAAGAGACUCUGAAGGAGAUUUACGGCAAGGAGCACGUAAACAUCAUCUUCAUCGGCCACGUCGAUGCCGGCAAGAGCACCCUUGGAGGCUCCAUCCUCUACGUCACCGGCAUGGUGGACCAGAGGACGAUGGACAAGUAUAAGAGGGAGGCCAAGGACAUGGGCCGUGAGACCUGGUAUCUCUCCUGGGCGCUCGAUUUGACCAACGAGGAGCGAUCUAAGGGAAAGACUGUCGAGGUUGGACGCGGUUUCUUCGAGACGGAGAAGCGGCGCUACAGCAUCCUCGAUGCGCCCGGCCACAAGACGUACGUGCCAAACAUGAUUGGCGGAGCGUCUCAGGCCGAUGUCGGUAUCUUGGUUAUCAGCGCGCGCAAGGGUGAGUACGAAACUGGCUUCGAGAAAGGCGGCCAAACUCGAGAGCAUGCCAUGCUUGCCAAGACACAGGGGGUGAACAAGCUGGUUGUUGUUAUCAACAAGAUGGACGAUCCCACCGUCAACUGGUCGCAUGAGCGCUUUCUCGAGUGCACCACCAAGCUCUCGCAGUUUCUCAAGGGCACGGGUUAUAACCUCAAGACAGACGUGUUCUUCAUGCCGAUUGCCGCUCAACAGACAAUGGGCAUCAAGGACCGCGUGCCAAAGGACACGUGCCCGUGGUACAAUGGCCCCUCGCUUCUCGAAUACCUCGACGACAUGAAGGCACUGGAGCGAAAGAUCAACGCGCCAUUCAUGAUGCCUGUUGCCGGCAAGUACCGUGACAUGGGUACCAUGAUUGAGGGCAAGGUUGAGGCGGGCGUGAUCAAGAAGGGCAUGAGCCUGAUUAUGAUGCCCAACAAGCAGACAAUCGAAGUUUCGGCCGUCUAUGGCGAGACGGAAGACGAGGUGGGACUGGCUCAGUGCGGUGACCAGGUGCGUGUUCGUCUCAGGGGUAUCGAAGAGGAGGAGAUCAUGCCCGGCUUUGUCCUGUGCUCGCCCAAGCGGCUGGUACACAACGUGUCCCAGUUCGAGGCACAGAUCCGCAUCUUGGACCUCAAGAACAUUCUGACGGCUGGUUUCAACUGUGUGCUGCACGUUCAUGCUGCCAUUGAGGAGGUGACGUUCGGGGCCUUGCUCCACAAGCUACAGAAGGGCACCAACCGGAAGAGCAAGCUCCCGCCGUCCCACGCGAAGAAGGGAGACAGCAUCAUUGCUCGCAUGGAGAUCAUUGGUGGCGCAGGGUCGGUAUGUGUCGAGCGGUUUGAAGACUAUCCCCAGAUGGGCCGCUUCACCCUCCGAGACCAGGGGCAAACCAUUGCUAUUGGCAAAAUCAUCAAGCUCAUUACCGACGAAAGUGCCUAAGUGUUGGGGGCUAGAGUUGUGCCUUCCUAGCAGCGAUCUAGGCCUAGGGCAUGUAACUGCGACGGUGAAGUGAAAGAGCGUAUGUUGUUGCCUCAUCAGGGGUCUCGCAGACGACUGACUCGGUCGCACUGAAGUCGAUUUUUGGCGUAAGAUAUUGCAGUAUUUUAGACCGCGAUAGUAGAAAGAAAUAUGCAGAAAAGUCACUCACUUGUAUAUAUGCUAUCUGCAUUGACUUAGCUUGGUCUGUCUCCUCGAUCCGUUGUUGCUGAUGUGGCAACUUGAUCAAGAGGCAACAUUUGAUUUUAACCCCUUUUCCAUGACAUAAAACCUGUCCGUAUUUCUUCAACAUCAGGUUAUCUGAAUCACGUCAGCUUUCAAUAUCUUCGAUAAAAGCUGCUGAGUCCGUAAAGGUAGU